CAUACACGCCUUGCAUGCCAGUUGGGGCUGUUCCGAAUUUCGAUUGAGCAACACAUUUUGACCACCGCUCCCGUGCCUAGCAUUUAUUCCCUCUUUCCGCCGAGACACAUCGCUGCUGUAGACUGGGAUUGACAAAAUCUAUGCAUAAUGUCCGAAGGUUCAAGCCGCAUCGACCUACCAGACGAAUUAUUCUUCGACGCCGCGCCGUAUCCAAGAAACGAGAAGGAAUUCAAAACAUUAGUAAAGCGUCUCAAGCACAACGCUAUCGGCGCAGAGGACUUCCUCGACGAACCUCAGUCGCUUCUCGUGCUACGACGAUGGCAUGCCCUUGACUUUCCCUGGCACGAACCCUCGGGUUGGGAUGAUUUUGGCACCGAGCGGCGUCCCGUCCCGCCCCCUCUACGUCCGCACCAGUACGCAACGGAGACAGUCACGAUUGACGUGCAAUUAAAGAAACCACUCCAGACAGGCCGCCAUAAAUGGUCGCAGGUCUGGCGCGGAACAAUGUCCGUCUCGGAAACAAAUCGGUCCGCUCCUGUGGUAGCGAAAAUAUUCCUUGAGAGCUUGUUUCCCCCUCCGGAAGAAUUCGGGGUUACUGAAGAGGAGGAGCAGAAGUCGUGGCCCACGGGAGCACAACAAGCGCGGAGGGAAGCAUGGGCGUACUGGACGUUGCGAUCGCUACAAGGACGAGCGUUGCCAUGGUCAUUCGGAUUCUUCAAGGUCCAGCUGUGCCACGGCGAGGAGGCCUUCGCGCACAUCAUGGAGUUCAUUGACAGGCCGUCCGGGCGCGACACCGCCCUCGACGACCCCUGUAGGGAAGGAGAGAUUCGGCGCUUGGCAGAUGCCAUAUCGGCCUCCUUUUACGAGAUGGUUCAGCUCGGAGUGAUGCACACCGAUGUGAACCGCCGCAACAUGCUCAUCGAGCUCGGCGACGAGAAUCCUGUCGUAUGGAUCGACUUUGCAGGGGCAGAACCUGUGUGUCCGGUGGACGUGCAUUAUGACGGCGCCGCUAUCGUCAAUGCCCUUAUCAAUAUGGACUUCAAGCAGAGGAGACUCGUCGACUGGUUGCAGGACCGGAGACGCCUUGGGCCACCCUGGAUGUCCAUAUAUGAGGAGCUGAUAUCCAAUCCUCGGUGGCUGCACAAGGUCGAAAAGAACAGUUGGGAAUGACAUACCAGCAUGAAUUUGAUGCAAGGCCGUGAGACGCAUAUAUGUACUGCCGUUAUGUCGUCCUUUAAUUGAAAUUCUGUCUUGUUGCCAUACCAGGAGUCCUCAGGGUGUGCAAUACGAGGCAGAGAAGCAUUAAUAUGGGCGUUCAUGCGCCACGAGUUUUUCACUGUUGCUGUCGUGUGCAUGUUCCGUCAUGUAUGCAGCGUUCUAGAUGCUUUAAUAACUAUGGGAAACAGGUGCCGGCGG